CUCGCGAGAAGUACGGCGGCGGCUGUCCCGCGCCUAAUUCAGGAUUCUGCUCGCGGUGUUCUGGUUCUGGGCAUUCCCGCUCUGUUUCCCCCGAGCCGGAGAUGAUCCGUGGUCUCGCCGGUGGGCUCUGACGAGUCCAGGUUGGGAAUUUGGAUCGGGUGACUUCUCUGACAUACCUGAACACAGACCCCCAGCGUACUUGGAGAGGAACCUGGCCCCAGAAGAGCUCUACCGUAAAAAUGAGCCCCACAGAUCCACUUGACGAUGAAGACACAUUUAAGAUCCUGGUUGCCACUGAUAUUCACCUUGGAUUUAUGGAGAAGGAUGCAGUUAGAGGAAAUGAUACAUUUGUGACGUUUGAUGAAAUUUUAAGACUUGCCCUGGAAAAUGAAGUGGAUUUUAUUUUGUUAGGUGGUGAUCUUUUCCAUGAAAACAAGCCCUCAAGGAAAACCCUGCACAGCUGCUUGGAGUUGCUUAGGAAGUAUUGUAUGGGUGACCGCCCUGUGCAGUUUGAGAUACUCAGUGACCAGUCAGUCAACUUUGGGUUCAGUAGGUUUCCAUGGGUGAACUAUCAAGAUGGCAAUCUCAACAUUUCCAUUCCGGUGUUUAGUAUCCAUGGCAACCAUGAUGAUCCCACAGGGGCAGAUGCCCUCUGUGCCCUGGAUAUUUUAAGCUGUGCUGGGUUUGUGAAUCACUUUGGACGGUCAAUGUCUGUGGAGAAGAUUGACAUUAGUCCAGUUCUGCUGCAGAAAGGAAGCACGAAACUCGCUCUGUACGGCCUAGGGUCCAUUCCAGAUGAAAGGCUCUAUCGGAUGUUUGUCAAUAAAAAAGUGACCAUGCUGAGACCGAAGGAAGAUGAGAACUCGUGGUUUAACUUAUUUGUGAUCCAUCAGAACAGGAGUAAACAUGGGAGUACCAACUUCAUCCCAGAGCAGUUUUUGGAUGACUUCAUUGACCUCGUUAUCUGGGGCCAUGAACACGAGUGUAAAAUUGGCCCAACCAAAAAUGAGCAGCAGCUCUUCUAUGUGUCUCAGCCUGGAAGCUCAGUGGUGACUUCCCUUUCCCCUGGAGAAGCUGUGAAGAAACACGUGGGCCUGCUGCGCGUUAAAGGGAGGAAGAUGAACAUGCAGAAGCUGCUUCUCUGCACAGUUCGGCAGUUCUUCAUGGAGGAUGUGGUUCUGGCUAACCACCCAAGCCUGUUCAACCCUGACAACCCUAAAGUGACCCAAGCCAUCCAGAGCUUCUGCUUGGAGAAGAUUGAAGAAAUGCUUGAAAAUGCUGAGCGGGAGCGGCUAGGGAAUUCUCUACAGCCAGAGAAGCCUCUCAUACGACUACGGGUGGACUACAGUGGAGGCUUUGAACCUUUCAAUGUUCUUCGCUUUAGCCAGAAGUUUGUGGAUCGGGUUGCUAACCCCAGAGAUGUCAUCCACUUUUUCAGGCACAGGGAACAAAAGGGAAAAACAGGUGAGGAGAUCAACUUUGGGAAGCUCAUCACAAAACCUGCUUCAGAAGGAACAACACUCCGAGUAGAAGACUUGGUGAAGCAGUAUUUCCAGACCGCGGAGAAGAAUGUUCAGCUCUCACUGCUGACAGAAAGAGGGAUGGGGGAAGCAGUUCAGGAGUUUGUGGAUAAGGAAGAAAAGGAUGCCAUUGAAGAGUUAGUGAAGUACCAGCUGGAGAAAACACAGCGCUUUCUGAAGGAACGCCACAUCGAUGCUCUGGAAGACAAGAUUGACGAAGAGGUCCGGCGUUUCAGAGAAAGCAGACAGAGAAAUACCAAUGAAGAAGACGAUGAAGUUCGAGAGGCCAUGAGCAGGGCCCGGGCCCUCAGAUCGCAGUCAGAGAACUCCGCCUCAGCCUUCAGCGCGGAUGACCCGAGUUUCGAUAUAAUGGAACAGAUGACAGCAAAUGACUCGGCAGCAAAUGACUCGGAUGACAGCCUGUCAGCAGUGCCUAGCAGAGGCCGGGGCCGAGGCCGCGGGCGCAGAGGAGGCAGAGGGCAGAGCACAGCACCAAGAGGAAGGUCUCAGAGGGGCCGAGACACUGGGCUGGAGACGGCUACACGGGGCAGAUGCUCAACGACUAGGAAUAUGUCCAUUCUAGAUGCUUUCAGAUCUACUCGACAGCAGCCUUCCAGAAACAUUGCCACUAAGAAUUACUCAGAGACUAUUGAGGUGGAUGAGUCUGAUGAAGAUGACAUUUUUCCUACCAGUUCCAAGACUGAUCAGAGGUGGCUGGGCACAGCAUCUAGCAAACGGAUGUCCCAGAGCCAGACUGCCAAGGGGGUUGACUUUGAGUCAGAUGAGGACGAUGACGAUGACCCUUUCAUGAGCAGUAGUUCUCUGAGAAGAAACCGCAGAUAAUGUUUUCAGUGGAACAUGAGCAUCAUGAUCCAGGAAGAAAUCAAAGCCCUGCAUGCCGUCACUACAGCUGAAGAUGUUUUAACUGUGCUGUUCACAAGGAGUCUGAAAAGUAUACUAGUGUAUAAGGUUUAUACUUUAAAGUAUUGCUUCCUGAAUGGGAGUCCAUUAAGCCAUUUCCUAGCUUAGUGGUAAGGAGAUGCUGCUCUCUGUUGUCUUUAAUCUGGCUGUUAGCGCUGUCUGGGGAUGUGCUGCCAUGUUGAGAACCUUAACUUGCUGACAGAAUUGUUUAGUGCUUGUAAGAGUUUUGCUAAAAUGCUCUUCUUGAGUGCAGAUUAGAGAAAAACCUUGCAUUCUUCUGUGCUGCCUUGUGAUCAGAGACUGUGCCAUAGCUAGCAGAGUUGAUGAGAGAGCGCGCAAACCUGGCUCCUUCGUGUCGUAACUAUUUCUUGGAUCUCUGAAAGCAAGGCCUUUUUUGGGGCAGCCUAAGCCCAUGUUUGUCACCGCGUGUGGAAUUCAGCACUAGAGGAUCAGCCACUAAGAAUCGGGCUAGAAGGGCUUUGUGUUUCAAUAGUUAGUAAAGGUCUUUGUUAAGUACAUUUAUUUCUAGUUCACACUGUAGCACAGAUUCAGGUUCUGUUCCCAUUGAGCAGUAUUGAUCUGUGUCAUUUUCUUUUUCUCUCUCAUAUACCCAUCAGGUAGAAAAGGGUUAGAGAAUGUUCUGUCUUAAAAAUAUUGAAAAGCUUUUUUUAAGGCAGGACAGCCAGCUGACCUUUGUGGUUGGGUCAGGCUGACAUACUAAAAUACAGCCACCCAGUACCAAUGCCAGGCUCUCUCAAAUGCCUUAUUGUGGCUUUGGUUGCUACAAAACAUCUCCAAAUAGACAAUUCAAAAACUAAUUGAAAUAGCUUAUGUCAAGUUUAUAUUUUCAUAUUUGUUUUAGGAAGGAAAUAAAAACAUUUCCUCUUCAGAGUUGAGUUAAAUAGUCUCAUUCCCUCAUCCACACGCUAAAGACCGCUGCUGCUCCUUUUUGUUUCAUAAGGCUAGUGUGUUCAGUCAUUCCUUGAGAACAUGUGGGUCCUCUUGGCACAGCACCCUGGCGUUCUUCAUAGACACCAGUGUUCAUGACCAUCAAAUUAAUCCUGUAUGGAACUCACCGAGUAUUGGAGCCCGGCAGCUGACGGCAGUGCCUCUGGACCACAGUGUCUUGAAGUGGUCCGAGUUGGAAUCCCAGUGCAGCACUCAUGAGCUGCUUAGAACAUGCUCCGUCAUGUGGGAGCACAGGAUUGCCAGAGGCCUGGCCUGUGAGGUCCUACAUCUCCAUCACUUUAAAUGCAAGGUAUUCUUGGAUUUGAGUGGAGUGGAGUGGAGAGGAGUGUGGGGGGACUAGUUGGGAGGUGGUACUGCCUCACACUGAGUGUGGGCAGCUGCUGGCUUGUCUCCUGUGCCAGUGAGAUGUUUCUAGGUGAGUGACCAUGAGGAUUUGCUCACGAAACUCCCUGCAGGCAAGGUUAGUGAGGCUUUUCUGCUGUUGACAACCUUGGUUAAGGGUAUGAUAUGAUGUUGAUGGCUGCUAGGGGAGUGAGGCCCCGGCAGGGAGAGCCCUGGACACUGUUCAUGUAGCAGCAUGCAUCACACCCUAGCAGUAUAGUAAGUACAAAGGGGUUCAGAAAAUAAAGGUGAUAGGAGAGUUGGACUCAGGAAGUCUUGCAAAGCUGUGUCUUUAUGCCAAGCAAGUUUAUUAAGAAGUGCAUCUUCUAUCCAGUCUGUUGGGAGAAGAUGGGACACAGCUGAAAGCCUAUCAUACAGUGAGCUGAAUCAGCAAGAAGCUAAUUAAGCCAUGCUGCACAAGGGGAGCACAGGCUAGCUCAGGUGCCUCAGACUGAGGAGCAGCAGCCUUGGAAUGGACACUCCUCACUCUUCAGAGGGAAAAGAUAAGUUCCCAGGAACUGAAACCUUGAUUCCUUCAGGGACCUGGUCCCAGCUCCAGCCUAGACCUUGCCGAGUCUGCCCCUGGGCAAGGACACGCAGCAAGGCUUGCUUUGUCCUUUGAGAAUGCCUUGGAACCGCCUGGCUCCCAACAGACUUCCAGAUGAUUUUUGAGCACUCCAUUUGCUCUUGUAGGAUGUGAUAGGCCCUCGACGAAGGAAGACCUCUGUUCUUUAUGCUAACCAAAGAGUCCAUCUCUCCCUGGCAGUGUUUCUUGUGGGUACCUGUGGAGAAUGCACGGUGCCUCUAGCUACUGACAAGUCAAACCUCUAGGCAGGUAAGGUUCAGUUCAGGAACGUAGAAAACUUAUUUUCAUGAACUUUUAAAAUUGCUGAUAACAAACUUAUAGAAAAGCUGUGCCUUAAACUGUGAAGUGAGACCUUGGAGGAGCCGGUGGGGUGCGAUUGGCACUGGGAAGCAGCGUGGCUGCAGGGCAGACAGAGCACUCCAGCUGCACGGGAUGCUUCUGUUUCCACAGCGAAUCUCUGAGUUCUGCAAUGAUUGGGAGUCUAUGCAGCAAAGCUGUCAUUAUCCUUGAUUGUGUGUGCAGGUUGGAUUUUACCUGUUUCCACCCAUUACAUAGAAUGGCUCAUUUGAUGAAUUGUAUAUGUAAAGGUUUAAGAAGAAUGGAUGCCUUCAUAAAGGAAAAAAAUCCUUCACUGGAAAAAUUGAGUAAAAAUGGUCUCCUGGCAUGAUAAAAAAAGUUUCUAAGGUAGACUGUUUAGAAAGAGCAUUUCCUCUAAACUGAGCUGAUAACCUUUUUUUGUAUCUGUCAGACAUUUAAGUCCAGGUUGUGUUUUGAGGCCUUUAAGAGCUAACAUUAUAAAGAAGCUGGGUGGCGAUGGUGCACACCUUUAAUUCCAGCACUUGGGAGGUGAGGCAGGUGGAUCCCUGUGAGUUCAAGGCCAGCCUGCUUUACAGAGAGAGUUCUAGGAC